AUGUGGGAAGAAGCAACAUGCUUAAGGUUCCGUGAAAAUGCUCGUGGACGUGAUGCAAUUAGAUAUGUGUUGGAGAAAGGCGAUAGUUGUUUUACAGAGUACAUUGGCCGUAAUGGAGGUUAUCAGGACAUUAUAAUUGGAAGUGAAUGUGCCGAGGAAUAUGUAGUAGCCCAUGAAACGGGACACGCUUUAGGCUUUUGGCAUACUCAUCAACGACCGGAUCGUGAACGUUACAUUUCCAUCAAUUGGAAGAACGUACUGGAAGAAGCCACAGCAUCAUUCAUGCCUUUCCGGAGCAUGUUACAGGCUUUUGGCAUUCGA